GUUAAUAAUCAUGAAAAAGCUUAAACGCUUUUUUAAAUAAAGCAAAUAUCAACCAAUUAAUAACAAGCAAAUAUAUUUUCAGUAAUGGUUACAAGCUAGACAACUCUAAAGUGCUAUAUUCCUGUGUUAAGAUCGAAUUAAAAGCUUUCAAUAUAGUGUGCAUUUUCAGGCAAACUUAUUAUGUGACUCCAACCGAAUUGUGAUAAGUCGCAGGGUACUGAAAUAUCGCUCACCUCUAGUUGAUGCUCAUGCCUGAGAACGAAGUGGACGAAAGCGACUGCUGCGGCAAUGGAUGCACCAAUUGCAUUCUUGACAAUAAGCCCAAGCCCAGUAGACGUGCCCUGCUGGCGGGCAAGCGAAAUGUCAUCCUUAGCUAUGCCAGAUUCAAGCUGCUUAGUAAUGAGGUGCACAACGGAGAUGCACAAGUUCGAAUGCUGCACUUUGGUUACGCAGUGGAUGAGGAAGAGAAUGAUGAUAGUAUACUGGACAUUCCACCGGGGCAUCAUGUUAUGCUACGCGCUGAGCUUACUGGGCAUGCUGCGCCGCUGCUGCGUCCCUACUCGCCCUACUGGACAAACUUUGUAACCAAAGAGUUCAAAAUUCUGGUCAAGCUGCAACCCGGUGGACCCAUGUCCGAAUAUUUGGCAGCACUGGUGCCGUUGCAAGUGUUAGACUUUCGCGGCCCUAUUGGCAACUAUGUGCAUGAUAUGAGCGGUGCCAAAUGCAUAUACAUUAUAGCGCAGGGCGUGGCCAUUGCGCCCACUUUGCCGCUGGUCGCGCAGGUGCUGGACAACGAGGAUGACAUGAGUCGCAUACGGCAUCUGAUAUGUGCACAGAAUCUGCAGCAUGUUUACUUUCGCGAUCGCCUGCUCGAGUUUGCCCAAUACUGGAAUUACCGCAGCUGCCUUUAUCUAGCGCACCAACAGUGCAGCUGCGGCUCCGCUGACUGCAGCGAGCUAUGUGAGCAUCUACAAAAGAAACUGCGCUACAAAGAGACAGCGCGCACGAUGCGCCUGGAUGCUGAGCAACUGGCGUCACAUGUAGUGCCCGGCAACGAGGGCGUUUCCAUUGCCAUUAUAGCUGGCUAUCCAACUUUCCAGCGGGCUAUGCGCGAGCAAGCAGUGAGCGCCUUCGGCUUGUCAGAUGAACAUGUGUUUUUAUUGUAAAUUAUAUGUUUGAUUAUCCUUAUAAGAUGCAUUUUGUAGCACCCA